AUGUCUCAAUCAGAUGGAGAAGAAAUAUCUCACUACUCCACACAGUUCCUUCUUUUGCUAGCCCAACUGGUGCACGAGUCUGCAGUGCAUCCUCUCACAUCAUCGAAUGCCAAACCUAUACUACAGAAACUUAAAGCGCAUCCAAUUGUCACGCGAGAAGGAAGACAACUCAGAAUGACGGAAUCCCAGUUUGUGAAGCUGUAUCAACAGCUACUUGAGCUCAACAACCUUUCUACGGAAGACACCGAAGAACAUGAGGAUAACCACCACAGGGCACCGGAGUAUGCCACUCAACUAUGUGAAUUAUUGUACGAACAGCGAUGCGAAGAGAUAAAAGAGAGUCUAUCUUCGAUCAAGGAUACUUUCAAACACCAGCUUUCAACGAUUGAGCAGCAUUGA